CUCAGGUCACGUCGACUGAACACCACCGCCCAACACCGACACAAUGGCAAUCAAGCACAACCAGCAGAUCCAGUACAACCAUUUCCGCAAGGACUGGCAACGCCGUGUCCGCGUGCACUUUGACCAGCCAGGUCGCAAGCAGCGCAGACGCAAUGCCCGUCAGGACAAGGCUGCCAAGGUCGCUCCACGCCCAGUGGACCGCCUGAGGCCCGUUGUCCGUUGCCCGACCAUCAAGUACAACCGCCGUGUUCGUGCUGGUCGUGGUUUCUCGCUCGCUGAGCUCAAGGAGGCUGGCAUCCCGCGCAAGCUUGCGCCAACCAUCGGUAUUUCCGUCGACCCUCGCCGCCAGAACCUUUCCGAUGAGUCGCUCGCCGCCAACGUCGCUCGCCUGAAGGAGUACAAGCAGCGUCUUGUGCUCUUCCCACGCAAGCUCAAGUCGCAAAAGAACGGCGACGCUUCCAAGGAGGAGGUCGAGGCUGCCAAGCAGAUUGGUUCGACCCCCCACGAUGGCAAGGUCAAGCUGUCCAAGCUGGCGUUCCCCAUCGACAACAAGGUUGUCAUCAAGGAGGGCAAGAUCUCAGACUACCCAGCCACCGAGAACGCUUACCGCGUGCUCCGCACCGCUCGCUCCGACGCUCGUCUCGCCGGCAAGCGCGAGAAGCGUGCGAAGGCCAAGGCCGAAGAGGAGGAGUCCAAGAAGAAAUAGACGGCUCAGGAGAUUAUGAUAUGGAAGUGAUGCGAUUCAAGUUUGGCGUUGAGAGGAAUGAGGACAAGUACGAAUCACGGAACGUCUGGCGCAGGAAAAAGUGUCCCAGCAUAGCAAGUCGCAUGCGAACUACGAACUACAUCUUCAAUCACUUCCACUAUCAGCAUCUAUCCACAACCUACCCCAACACUACGUCCUGAAGAUUGCCAUGUCCUGUUUAGCUGCGGUCUGUCAAGAAUCGUCCAACAGUGCUCUUGCAGGACCAACGUUUGAGCAAUUCAAUUGGCGUAUUAGCAAAGCGAC